CCUCUUCCUCUUCUCUCUCUACCUUGGUGUGUAAACCACACACAUACAUAUCACUCACUCUUCAUGGCUUUAUAAUACUCAAAUGAGUCAUGCCAACACUAAGAGCCAAAAAAGGACACAUCCUUUGAUUCCAAUUAACCAAAAGCAAAGUCACGGACAUGCAUCCAUAUGACCAUAUUUUUAAACCCCGAGGGUGGAAAUCUUGGCUUUGGCUCUGUUGGGUUUGCUUCUGCAAGCGAAGCAGAGAGGGUGCAGGAAGAGAAGAAUGGUGAAUAUUUGCGUGAUAAGAGGAUUACUCUUGGCUUGGCUAAGAUAACUCCAUACCCUCAAAGACCCAGGUUUUGCAGAGAACACAAGAUUUGGCAUGAAGACUGCAUUCGAAAAGAAUGCUUUCUGAUGGUGCAGGAAAAGAAGAAUGGUGAACUAUUGUGCGGGCAUCAUGUUGUUCUUGGCGUGGCUGAGAUAGCUCCACUCACUCCACUACCGACCAUGUGGUGCAUAGAUCACAAGGUUUGGUACGAAGACUACCUUCGGGGAGAAAACCUUUUGAUAGAAGAAGAAGAGGCAAUAGAAGAAGAUGAGGCAGUGGAAGGACUUGAUGAUUAUGUUGAGGAAGUUUCUAUUACAAGAGUAAGCUUGUGGGCUGUGGCUUUGUUGAAUUUGCUUCUGCUAUCGAAGCAAAGAAGGUGCUGAAAAUGAAGAAUCAACGUAAAAGAUGUAGAUACAUGUAGCAAAGACAAAUUAGAAUGUCAUUUGAGGGUGCACAAUCCCAUUUGUCAAAGUCUGGCAGUCAAAAAUAUAUUUGUAGCCUAUAAUUUAUCAACUAUAAGAAUUCAAGAAAUUAGAUGUUACUACUACGUAUAUCAUAGGUUUGACUAAUUAGACAAACCAGUUGAUAUCAACCCUGCUAAGCCGUUAGUAUUCUUGUGAGAAAGAGUUUGAACAACUUACCUUAGGUUUAUCGGGAUGACAUUUGUGUUCAACAAUACAACCAGCAUGAAUGCAACUACCAAUUCAGUGAUUCCAUUAAUCACUGCAUUGAUACAUUCCUAGCUGAAUCAAUGAAGAUACCAUAACCUGCAACAAUCUAAAACUUAAAUUAUGCAUGACUUUAUGAAUCUUCAUCCCCCGUCCAAUUUCUCACACCAAGCAUGAGGGUAUACUAAUAUAUGCAUGCCUAACACCAAUCGUUACGAUUCAAUAGAAAACAACUCCUAUGGGUACCAUUCUGGAAGUGAAAUUACAAUUUUUGGGAAAUGAAAGUACAAUCUUUGGUGAAAUGCAUCUAUAAAUAAAUCCAGUAAAAAAACAGUACAUAUUUUACAGAUUACUGGAAGAAGUUAUAGAAAAAAUAGAUCUUUCAAGCUUAUUCAAAAAGACAUAUUUAGUGAAAAAAGGAUUAAGAGGUAUGAGUAUGAGUUAAGAAAAGGAACAUUGUAUAAGCUACCAUGACGUGAAUCUCAAAGUUUCUAGUCAUAGAAUUAAUUGAAAUUCUUCUCAAUAGAUGGCCUUUCAUGGCGCUCUCUUUACCCAAUUUCUUAUGAAACCUGUAAACCAACAACCCAAUUGAAACCCACGAGAGUAUGGCCUUGGUGUGGGGGUACGCAGAGACCAAGAGACCCCUGAUUUGAAAAGUGACUAAUACAUAGAAAACACUAUGGAGUUUGCAGUUGUCAUGCACAUAAGUACCAAACACUUGUGACAAACAUAUACCACUCAGUUCAAACUUGAUGUUUAAGGGCCCUAUACCACCGUAAUUUCUUUUUACCAAAUGGAGGGUAAGAUUUGCGUACAAUCCACCAUUGUGGUGGUCCUUUUUUAUACUCCCUCCGUUCUCAAAAAGAGUUCCUACUUUGACAAAGUAUAAAAAUAAGGAAGUGUUAAAUUGUAGUUGACUUCCAAUUUUGCCCUUGAUGUGAUGGAUAAAUUAUUAGAGAAAAAGUAAGGGUAAAAGUGGUUUUUUAAUAAAAAGUGGAAGUGUUUUGUUAGAAGUGGAAAAAAUGAAAGAGGAAGUGUUUUUAAGAACGGAGAGAGUAUUAUUGAUUGUUUUUACCAAAAUCAUAACAGUAAAGAAAACACACAAACAGGCACAAAUGAAGAAUAGGAGAUACG